AUGCAAUAUAAAGUUGAAUUUCAGGUUCUUUUGCUGAUCCAAGAAGGAACUCCGGGUCAAUUUGAAUACAUACUCCCGCUGCUCAACAACUACAGAACGAACAUAGCAACGGGACAGGCAUGGAAGCAUAGAGGGAUGUUGCCAUCUUCUUCGAAAAUGUUCGCAUUGAAAUACGACUCCUUCUUGGAACUGUACGCUCAGUAUAACACAGCAGGUUGCGAAACAAGUAACAUGAUUCCACCAGGAGGGUCAAUGAAUUUUUACAAGAUAUAUGGGUUGCCGACUGAUUAUGAUAACGCCACUGUGGUACCACUAGCGUUCGCAACUUGGACGCAACCAGUACUGCGUCAUGAGAUAGACGAUCAAAUCACGUACGCUAACACAAAUCUGGAAACUUUUGCUAAUAUGGCCUACUACAAGUCAACUCACGUUGGAUGCGCAUACCAAGCUUGUCCAACAUCGCAGCCUCCUGCACACGCAGUAGCAUGUGUGUUUGACUCGGCGUGA